AUGAAGCUCAUGCGAUUCUUCAAGAAGCGCAAGCAGCGCAACAAGAGCGAGGCCCCUGGCGCCGAGGUCUUUGGCAAGAAGUACAGGCAGUUCGGCGGCAGCAUGCCCGCGCAGCCUCGAUUUUACACCGAAGAUGACUACCUCCAGGCUCGUCAACAGCGCCCGUACUCGCCCAAUCGAGCUUCUGCUGCCAAACUUGCUGCCCUCCCCGCCCCUGUGCUCGAGCGCAUCUUCGCCUUCGUCUGCCCCCACACCCAGGACUGCUCGUACGAGACCCAGGAGCAGAGUUCCAUUGAGGACGCAUGCAUGCUCUGCGACCUGCGUGACCUGUCGCAUUGCGUCCAAGUCAACCGCAGGUGGUGCAAGACGGCGCCCAAAGUCAUGUAUCAUGGCAUCCGAAUCGAAACAGUACACUAUUGCGACCGCGAGGCACUGCUAGCCGACAAGCGCAAGCGCAGGACCUUCCUCGACCGUAACGGCGAGCCUGAAGACACAUCCCAGAAGCGGUUGAAGCUAUUAUGCAGAACACUCCGCGAAGACCCCGCGCGCCUAGGCCCCCUCGUGGAAUUCUUCAAGCUACCCUACAUGCUGAGAGAGUCAUGCCAGGCCGACAUAGCGCGCACUAUAGCAGUGCUGCCAAACUUGCGAUAUGUCGACCUUCCCGAGGGCUUAUUCCAGGACGAUAAUCACUUCAUCACAUUGCGAAUGGAGGUGGAAGCAAGAUGUCUCAAUCUUCGGAAAAUGACCUAUAUGCAUGGAUCUGAGAGAAGUCUGGAGCGGAUUGCAAGUGGGCAGGUGUUCCGCAACCUGGAGGUCCUGGAGCUCAACAACAUGCAAAUGGAUGGCACCAUUAUCCUGCACGCUCUCGGCGCUCUUGGAGGCUUGCGCGCCCUUAAAAUCACCAACUCGAGCGUUGUCAACGACGACAUGAUCGCGCAUGACAAUGAGAUGCUUCCGGCGUUUCCAGCGUUGGAGGAGCUCAUUCUGGAUAAUGUUCCUGGGAUCACAUCCCAGGGACUGAGGAACUAUCUGACCCGUGGUGACGCAUCGCGUGCGCUCAAAGUCUUGAAUCUUGCCGAGACGGGUGUCAAACCUUGGAAUCUACAAGACAUCUUGGCAGUAGCCCCGAUGCUCAAGCGGCUCACGAUAAGCUACGAGGCUUCGACGUCCCUUCCCUUGGCUGCCGGCACGCCCCAGGUCCCACCCUUGGCUUCCAGUUCCCUCGAGAUCUUUCACUACGAAGUUACAUCUGCGCCCUCGUCCAGCCCGUACUCCAACAUCCUUCCAUCCUUCUACAACUACCUCUCCGGAUCUCUCCUCAUGGGCGGUCUGCCUAAUCUCCGUGCUCUCUACGUUCGGAAUGCCAAGUUUCCAGACACCCUCCUCAACCUACCUCCUCCAGCACCCAAGUUCGCGGCCGAUACUUACAAGAGACCUGGUAGCAGCAGCUCCCAAACCUCUUCCGCCUUCUCUCGCAAUGGUCUUGGCUCACCCGGUUUCCCCGGAGGCUUCCAGAAUGGCGGCGGUAGCUACAACCCCUUCCAGGAUCUACCCAAGAAGCCCUUCGCCGGCGCAGGUCACAACCCACGAUUCAGCUCCAACAACCCAUUCGCGUCACUGGCGGGUCCUAACGGGCCUAGCGGGCUCCCACAGACCCUCGAAGUCUUCACCAAAGGCGACGAUGAGCUGAAUUGGGGAAUGGUCAAAGUGGAUCCUACGCAGAGGAGCACGGAUGUCGAGGCCGCUGCACGUCCGUCCAGUAGCUAUGGAUUGGACAACAGCGAUAGCGGCUGGAACUCUCGGGCCGGGGCUCGCAGGUCGGUUUUCAUGGGAAAUGGCACCGGUGGCUUCCUGGCUGUUCCCGGCUUGCCGGAAGCCAAUUCUGGUGCUAGAAGGGGCAGCGCGCCGACCGUGGGCGGGGGCGACGAGUGGCCGCGGCCAAGCACUGCGACGCAUGAGAAACGCUCCUCAAGAAUCGACCUCUGGCGCUGA